AUGUAUAUUGAAACUGUUAAGCAACUAGGCAAGGAGGAUAAAAAGACAGUCUGGCCGCAGCGCGUAGGGAUUUCGGCAAUGGCGUCCGUUGCUUUGACCUUUGGAUUUCUCAUGGUUCCAAAGCAGUUGUCACCGAAAUUUCCCUCCGCGCUCCAGCUCGGCCAGGACCGCUCACCGUGUGAGCCAAGAGCCACCUACCCGCGCUCCAGAGAGCGAAAACGUGACGGGCCGUGGCCCCGUACCUGGGCAGAGAAAGUGGAAGAAUAUAUUGCCCUGUCCCGCAAUGAAUUAAUAUAUGCUUCAUUAUGA